AUGGCAACAAAGUCAAAAUAUCACAAAAACAGUUUUAAAAUCCCCUUCGCCUAAAACGUCUUACAUGAACUAAAAGAACUAAGUAAUUUAAUUGAUUAAGCUGUGUACUUGCUAGAAAUACAAAAAUUUACUUCCAUAUAUUUAUUUGCUUAUCAUAAAAAAAGUGAAAAUGCUUUAUUGAUAUCUAAAAUUCUCAAUUACAAAUAUCCAAAACUUUACGAAAUUAUUAGCAUCAAAACUAUUGAGAAAUAUUAUCAUUAUGAACCGCUUGAAGAAGGACUUGUUGACUUGUAUAUUCGAAAGAAAGUUUCAUCAAUCAUAAUAAAACUUACUUUCUAUCCAACAAAAGAAGAGAUUACUAAUUCAGGAUGUUAAACCUGUGUAUUCGAUUAGAGAACUUAAUAUUAAAAUUUUUCAUUAAGUGAACUCUAUCAGGCUUUCUAUGAAAUUGAAUAAAACCCGUAAAAACAAGAAAAUUAUUCAGAUUAGGGCUAUUAUCAAGAUGAUAAUUUAGUUGAUAGGAUAGAAUGUGAUGGAAGAUAUAGCAUUGUCGAUGUUUUUAGAAAUUAAAUAAAGGAAUUUGUAUUAUAAAAUAAAGAUAUUUAUGGAUAGGAAAUAAAUCUUUAGAUACCAUUAUACAUUCAAUAAUAAAGAGAUGGUCAGAAUAAUCUAUAAUUUUUGUAAAUUCAGUAGCAUAAUAAGGGUUUCUUCAAUAAUAAAGAAUUUGUAAAUAAUGAAUAUCAUAAGUAUUCUCAGAACUUUAAUAAUUAUAAUCGACCUGAUGAAGAUGGCUUUGAAGAAAUACAACUGCCAGAUUUUAAUAAGAAUCCUGUUUGUAAUUUAUAAAACAAAUUACCCAUGGAUGGUUAACCCCCAGAAAAAAAGGAGACUAUCAACUCUCAAGAUAAUUAAAUCUAAUAAAAUGUUUAAACUUUUGUAGCAGAGAAAACUUCUGGAAUUAUUUAAAACUUAAGUUAGUUUGUAUAAGAAGAUUUUGUCAAUUCUGGUUCACUUGAAAGUGAGACAAUGAAAUAGAAAUAUGAGAAAAAUAUAUAUAAAAAGGAUGACAGAAGUAAAUUGUAUUGGGAUAAUAAGGAUAAAAAGGAUGACAGGGAUAACUAGGAUGACAGGAAUGAUUGGGGUCGUUUGAGUGGCGAUAAUAGCGAUAAUUAGGACAAUAUUUAGAAUUAAGAUGAAAGAGGUAUUUAGAAUUGGAGUUGUUUGAGUAGCGACCAUUAAGAUAAUAGGAAUGAUUGGAAUCGUUUGAGAAGCGACGAUGACAAUGAUAAUUAGGAUAACAUGGAUAAUCGGGAUAAUAGAGGCAAUAAAAGAGAUAACAGAGAUAUUAGAGACAACAGUAGGGAAAAUAGAGAUAAAAGGGAUAAUAGAGAAUAUAGGGAUAAUAAAGACAAUAGAGACAGUAGAAGGGAUAAUAGGGAUAACAGGAAUAAUAAAGACAAUUAAAGAUCUAAUAAGAAUAAUAGAGAUAAGAGAUGGGAUCACAGGGAGGAGAUUACUACUAGAGGUAAUAGAAACUAAAAUAGGGAUAAUAGAGAUAACAGAAAUAAUAGAGACUACAACAGGGAUCAUGGAGAUAAUAGAAGGGAUAACAGGGAUGAUAGAAAUUAUAGAAGGGAUAAUAUAGAUAAUAGAGAAAAUAAGAAUAAGGAUUAUCAAUAUAAUAAUAAAAGAUGGAAUAACGGAGAUAAUAAAUAAAAAAGGGAUAAUAGAACUCAGGAAGAUAUUAAUGAUUCGAGCUAUAGUGACAAUUCAGAAUAGAGCUAAUCUAGUAAUUAAACAGAUAAUUCUAUGGAUAGUAGAGAUAAUACGGAAGGUCACACAAGUAAUGAGGAAUAUAGAGAAUCAGAUACAUAUGAUUAUAAGAAAGAAUACAAAAAUUAUAAAAAAAAAAAAUCUAGAAAAAUUACGUUUAAUCCAUUUGUUCAAACUAAUAAUUUCACUUAAAUUGAAUUUUCAGAAUAUGAAGAUAAAAGAGAAGUUAAAAGAGAGGUUAAAAGAGAGGUUAAAAGAGAGGUUAAAAGAGAAAAUAAUAUGAAAACUACUUAUUAAUAAAUCAAUAAAACUAAUUGGAAACCAACAAACAUGUAUAAUUAAUUAAUUUGA